AUGGUGACGUUGGCCAUCACCAGGUUGAAGAGGGAACAAUGCAACCGCACAAAACACGAUUCAAGCUUCUCCCGUUGGAAGAUUCUGAUUGGCCCUUCUGAUUGGGAAGACCAUUCCAAAGGUAAGGAAGGGUGUGCAAGAUACAGGAUUCAUAAUCUCCCACAAGAAUCAAGUCCAGGCGUGUAUGAGCUUGGAAUUGCUGUGUCUAGUGGUGGUUUGGGGCGUCAAAUUUCCAAGCUUGGUCGUCAUCCUGACCGCAUAGUAGUGGUUUACCUUGGACAAGCUGACAAUGUGAGAACAAGACUCCAGAGAUAUGGCAGAACUGGAGCUCACUUGGACAGUGGCUGUUCUGAUGAUUCUUCUCUCCAAAAGGGGCGCCCCUUGUUUCAAGAGGUGUUUUCACAAGGAUUCUCAAUCGUUUAUAGAUGGGCUCCUAUGCAAAACAAGGAAGAUGCCCUGCGAACAGAAUCUCAGCUGCUUAGUACAUUUGAUUAUGCAUGGAACACAAGCAAUAAUGGUAUCCGGAGGCCUGAAGAAAUUCUUCAAAAGCUUCAAAAAAUUGCUUCCGGCUCUAUAACACUUUCAGAUGUGACCAGAGCGCUACUACCAUUCACUCAGAAGCAAGUGGGUAUACGAAUUAAAUCAAGCAAGCUACCUCAGGCAGAUCACAAGUUAGAUGAAGCAGACAAUGGAAACCAUAAUUUCCUAUCUCGAGUAUUCAGUUUUAACAGAUCACGUCCCAGGAUAGUUCAAAGUAUCACUGAUGUUACUCAGGAACAGGAGAAUGCUAAAAUUUGUGGAGUGGCAUUGGGUGAUGGUUUAAUUUGUAGAAGGCCACCAGCUGAGAAAAGAUUGAGAUGUCCUGAACACAAAGGAAUGAGAGCUAAUGCUUCCAUUGCCGAACCAAUCACGGUACCCAAGUCAGAGAACAAUGUGGUAUUGGAACCCGAUGUGUGUUGUCAAACAAAGGGAAAUGAAUACAGAUACCAAAAUGACAGCCAUGAAGACCCUCCACAAACAGUGAUUGGUAGUCCUGUUGAUGAAAGUCUGACGAACACCAAUAUAUGUGGAAUCAUCUUAAAUGAAGGCUUCACCUGUAGAAGGCAACCAGUUAAAGGAAGGAAAAGGUGCCAUGAGCACAAAGGGAGGAGAAUAGGUGCAUCUAUUAAAAAAAAGGGCAAUGGAUACAGAUACCAAAAUGUCAGCUAUGAUGUAGAAGAUCCUCUACAAACACUGGUAGGUAGUCCUGCUGUUGAGAGUAUAUCAAACACAAAUAUAUGUGGAAUCAUCUUAAAUGAUGGCUCUACCUGUACAAGGCAAGCAGUUAAAGGAAGAAAAAGGUGCCAUGAGCACAAAGGGAGGAGAACUCGUGCAUCUUUUCAUGUAAAUCAGAAAUAA